UAAAAACGCUAUAUAAAUGGUCCACUCCACCCGGCCAGCCCGGUGUGUACAUGAACUCUCCUUCUCUCUCUGCGUGUCUGUGAAGGUUCUCGAUCUACGGUUAUUCCGCCAUUAUCUAGAGGUCAAGAGAAGCUUUCAGUUCCUUGAAUCUGGCCGGUGCAAUCAGACAAGUCUAUGAGGAGGAUGGAAUCAAAAAAGUCCCAUUCUUGGUGGUGGGAUAGUCAUAUCAGUCCCAAGAACUCAAAGUGGCUUGCCGAAAACCUAGAAGAGAUGGAUCACAAUGUCAAGCGGAUGCUGAAGCUGAUUGAAGAGGAUGCAGAUUCAUUUGCCAAGAAAGCUGAGAUGUAUUACAAGAAGAGGCCAGAGUUAAUUUCUCUUGUUGAGGACUUCUAUCGCAUGUACCGGUCUCUUGCAGAGCGGUAUGAUCAAGUGACAGGAGAAUUGAGGAAGAACAUUCCAUCAGAUCUUCAAUCCCAGGGGUCAGGCAUCUCGGACAUUGGCUCUGAAGUAUCCUCCACGUGUCCAUCUCCUGAUCACAGGAGAAGACAUCGUAAAUCUGGCUCCAGAGCUGCUGGUUUUGAUUUCUUCCUGGGCUCUAGGGGAAGUGCUAACCAGAAAGAAGACGACGAUUCAUCCUCUUCAACAGAUUUUGAGUCAGAGUCUGAUGGUUCCUCGGUCAACAAGUACUCAAACCUAGCUGGAAACGGUGCUGAUACAUUGCUGCAGAAGAGGAUAGUUGAAUUAGAGAUCGAGAUUCGGGAACUGAAAGAGAAGCUACAGAUGCAACAGGAAGAAAAUGAAGAUUCGUCAUAUAGAGGAUCAAAGAAUGCCAACUCUGAGGAGUUUCUUAGUAGAAUUGCGGCAUAUGAGCAAGACCUAAAAAAUGCUAAUGAGAAGAUACGGCUCUCGGAAGAUGAGAUUGUCAAGUUGAAGAUUGAGGUCCAAAAAUAUAAGUCCUCCAGGUUCACCAAUGGUUUCCAAGCAGACUUGGAGUCAUCAACAGAGAAAAAUAGAUGGAAUCAAGAGGCCGAGCUAGAGCUUGAGAUGGAAGAGGCAGCGGAGCCUCAAGAUUCUGAUAGCACAAACCAGGCACUAAUAGAAGAGCUAAGGAUUACCAAGGACAGACUUGAGAGCUCCAAGAAAGAAAUUUUUAGUUUGAAGAAAGAAGUUGAGAACAACAUAAACUCUGAAAUAAUCUGCAACUUGCAAGUUCAAAUUGAGUCAGCCAAGAAAGACAUUGCUUCAUGGAAAGUCAAGCUGAAUACUGAGAAAAGGGAGGUGACCAAGUUGCACGAACGAAUCACAAGGCUGAAAUCUAGUGUAUCGGACAGGGAUAAUGAGAUCCAAGAUUUGAAAAUAGCAGUUUCUGAUGCUGAGCGGAAGAUUUUUCCCGAAAAAGCUGAGAUUAAGGCCGAAAUAUCCAAAUUAUUGGAGGAGCGAACUUUAUUGGAGGAGCAAGUCAGAGAAUGGGAAUCACGGGGUCGUUGUCUAGAAGAUGAUGUUAGAAAAGUGCAGGCUGAAAAAUCAGAUAGGGAAGCAAGCCUAAAUCUUGACAUCAAACAGUUAAAGACAGACAUCAAACAUUUGAACAAAAGCAUCUCAGCUUUGCAGCUGGAGAGAAGUCAACUUAAUGGAGAAGUAGUUGCACUUAAAGGGAAAGUCGUAUGUAGAGAUGACAGGAUUGAUGAAAUGAACAAGCACUUGCACCAAUUGCAUAUGGAACAUGUGCAGCUGAUUGCUGGUGCUGAAAGGGCGCACAAAUUGGCAGAUGAGUUGAGGUCAAAAGCUGAGGAGCUAGAGAAAGAGGUUGAGAGGCAGAAGGUUGUAAUUUUGGAAGGAGCUGAAGAGAAACGAGAGGCUAUACGGCAAUUGUGUUUUUCACUGGAGCAUUACAGAAAUGGAUAUGAAGGGCUUCGAAAGGCCUUUAUUGGGCACAAGAGAGUACCAGUUUUGGCAUCUUGAUUUUACCAUGUGAACAUGAGCUACUUCACUUGUAGUUUCUUCUUGUCUUUUGGGUUGAGGUUACCUGGUUUUUACUGAUGAUGGACAAUGGUAUUUUGUCUUGGAUCUUCUUGGGUUUCUAUAUUGUAUUACUAGAGAAAGGAAUAAUAGCAGUGAGCACCACAUCACCCAAACAAAGUGUAUACUGGCUGCAUUCUAGUUCUACACAUGUUUGUACGUUUGUUGGA